AUGCGUUUAUUUUCUCAACGAGAUCCAUCAUCAUCAUCAUCUAUUGAUUAUCAUUCACAUAAUAAACAUACAAUAAUUCCUAUUAUACAUCUGACUAUUUUCAAAAAUAUUACGAAAACGACUAUGGCUACUACAAUUGAGUUUCCUAAAGUGCGUCGUCCUAUGAAUAAACGUCAAUUUACAAGUCCAGCUGUUGAAUCAUUAAUUGAAGAGAUACAAAAAAAUAUCAAAAAUAAAGAACUUGCAUGGUUAUUUGAAAAUUGUUUUCCUAAUACGCUUGAUACAACUGUCGAUUUCGAUGAAAAAGCAGCAUCUGAAAAACGACCUGAUACUUAUGUUAUUACAGGUGAUAUUGAUGCUAUGUGGUUGCGUGAUUCAAGUGCUCAAAUAAAUCCUUACUUACCUUUGAUGCAUCAAGAUAAAAAACUUCGUCAAUUGAUUGAAGGUGUUCUCUUACGACAAUGUAUAUUUAUUCAACGUGAUCCAUAUGCGAAUGCACAUUAUAAACAUACAAAUCGUAUUAGUGAAUGGAAACAUACGGAUAAAACAGAAAUGCGUGCAGGUGUACAUGAACGAAAAUGGGAAUUAGAUUCUCUUUGCUACGUUUUACGAUUAAUGCAUUCAUAUUGGAAAGAAGCUAAUCAUGAUUUAACUUUUUUUCUUGAAAAUGAACAAGAUUUUAAGAAAACCAUUCGAAUUAUAUUACAAACAAUGAAAGAACAACAAAGAUUUAAUGGAUCAGGUUCAUAUACAUAUCAACGCCAAGGUCAUCCUUCAGAUCCAAGUGGACAAGAAGCUAAACCUAUCGGUUUAAUUCAUACAUUUUUUCGACCAAGUGAUGAUCUGCAAACAUUCCCUUAUCUUAUACCAUCACAAUUUUUUGCUCAUCAUACAUUAAAACUUUUAUUAGAACUUGUAAAAAAAUUAGAAUGGACAAAUGAUUUUAAUGAUGAUAUAUUAAAAUUAAUUUCUAAUUUACAUGAUAUUUUAUUUGACGAUAAAAUAGCAAAUAAUCAAGAAACACUAAUUACAUAUAAACAUCCGAAAUAUGAUUUAAUUUAUUCAUAUGAAAUCGAUGGAUUCGGUAAUAGAAAUUUAAUGGAUGAUUCAAAUGUUCCAUCACUUCUUUCAUUACCUUAUUUAUGUCCUGAUGAUAUUUCAAUUAAACAUUCAGUUUAUCAAAAUACACGAAAAUUUGUACUUAGUUCUGAUAAUCCAUGGUUUUUUAAAGGAAAUCUACUUGAAGGUAUCGGUGGACCACAUUGUGGCAAAUCAAUGGUAUGGCCACUUGCAAUUAUUAUGCGUGGUUUAACAACAACUGAUGAUGAUGAAAUUCGAUUUUGUUUAGAAAUGUUACAAAAAUCUCAUGGAAAUACUGGAUUUAUGCAUGAAUCAAUAAAUGUCAAUAAUCAAAUGUUUUUUACACGUUCCUGGUUUGCGUGGGCAAAUAGUUUAUUCGGCGAAUUUGUUUGGAAAUUAUAUCGAGAAAAACCUUAUCUACUAAAUUGA